GUCUUAAAUCUCUUUUAGGAAUUUGUAAUAAUUUUCUAAAACUACCAUUGAAUGGUAAUUUCUCUUAAAAAGUAUAUGAAUGAAAGAUGAAUAUAAACAUACAUGUUCAUCGAGUUUUAAAUUUUUGAAUAAGUUUGAUUUGUCACAUGAUAAUUUUUAGUUUCAUCGACAGUUGUGUUUAAGUAAUGCAUGUGACCACGUUGCUGAUUCAUUCCUCGAUAUGGUGGAUGCGAGAUGUUCAAUUUUUUUUUUUUUAAUCGGUAAAAAAAAAAUUAUUGAUAAAUUUAGACAGUAAAAAGUUUACAUCGCCAAAUACAUCAAUAAAAAAAGAAGCUUGGUGACCAACAAUGUUUGAGUUGGUGUGUGUAUUUUUGAAGGUUUUUGCAAGAAGUUCCAUUAGAGAUGCUGGUCUAAAUUUUGUGCUCCUCUGUUUCUGUUUGUAAUGUUAUCGAAAAUAAAAAAUUAAUGAAUCUGUUUAAAUUGUAUUACAUUUCUGUGCACGCAUAUGUUUAUGAAUUGCAUAUAUACCUGUCCAAUAUCUUUGUUCUUGGAUUUGUUUUUUAUUUUUUUAUUUUUGGUAUGAUUUUCUUGGAUUUUAUGCGUACAUGUAACAUGCAUUUGAAGUAGUUGGUGGGAGAAAAUUAGAAGGGCGUAAAUCUUCCUCGGGAAAAUCCGGUGUGGGCUCCUCUUCACACCCUGGUUAUAAUGUUAAGAACACGACACUUCGUGCAUCACUGAACAAAGAUGUAACACCUGAUAAUAAUCAAAAUGCCAUGAGAGCGCCUCAAGCAAAUUGUGACAAAGUAAGAAAGUCAAAUAUGUCCAAGGAAUCUACUGCUAAGACUCGGGAUUUGACUUUUAAAUCUGGAUGUGGAAGUAAAAUCAUUGCUGCCGCAAAGUCAGCCCACCUGGAAACUGCAAAAUCAAAGGUUAACAAAGUUGUGCAUUCUAAAGCCACGAGGCUACAUGGAGUCAAUGCACAAGAUUCUGUGACUGGUGGUACAAAAGCAAAUGACAAAGUGGGAGUCAACAAGUAUAAUGGACUCGGAAAUGGUAAAGAGAAUGUUACGAGUCAGAGACCAAACACCGGUGCUGGAGGCACGGUUCAGCAGGUUCAGAUAGUGACAAAGCAAAAGAGUAUUGUUCCAAAGGUAUAUCAAUUGUUAGUUAAUUGAUCUCUCAUGUGUUGUUUUCAAUAUAAUUUACUUUUGUUUGAA